UAGAUAAGCCACACGAAUAUUGCCAUUUUCAAAUUUGUAAUAUUUUACCUCAAUAUACUAGUACAUAAAAAAAACCGGUAAAUUCGUUUCCUAAUCUGCAUCUAAAAUGAAGUAUUUAUUCGAUUUCUCGGUCAUAUACAUCUCGUAUGUUUUGGUUUGUGUUGUUUUGUGUUGUGUUGCAAACCCCGUUGACACAAUGAGAGAUCUGCUGUCGAGUUCCGGUUGGCUCGUGAUGGACACCCCGGACGACCGUCUCCGCAUUAUAGACCCACGAAGGAUGGACCAAAUCGAAAUAUCCGUGAGACAUUUGGUGGAGCCACCGGUGACCGAAGGAAACAUUGCCGAAAAAAUCCGACUAGCCCAUCAGUUCUUGAGCUGUUCAUUCGCCAAAGUGCUGACCGAAUUGUGUGACUACGAGAGAGGCAUAGGGCCUCAGUGCAGGAAAAUGGACACGGGUUCAGAAUCUUUCGAAUGUGUAGAGAAUUAUCUGCAGUAGAUUUGCAGAAUUAUUACCGGCAUAAGACCGUCGUAAGACCUCCCAAAGACGACGACCAGACUACCCGGGAAAUCGCCGACGCCGAAAGCACCGACGUCGAUCAGCACGCAAACGACAUGUCCAACCGGUUGAACGAGUUCUUCAGUAGGUUUUGCCGGCCCAUUUCUUUUUAUCAAAAAGACAAGGGCUGUUCAUAUGCUACGUAUAACAUUCGGCGGUUAGCCGAACAUUACCACAACGACAUUGCUAGAGUUUUGCAUGAGAUAAAAAGAACAUUAAAAAGAAUCUUCGAACAGUUUACGGAAUCGCACGACAAUAAUUCUGGGUUUGAAUACGAUCCCGAAUCGAACACCACUCGUAUAAUAACAUACGAUCCGAACACGGAUACGGUACGGGUAGACAAAAUGAAUCAACUGCUGAAAAAUCCCAAAUGGAAAUCGUUAGCACCAUUGGAAAUCAAAGAACGCGGCUGUCCCUAUCGGACGGACAUUGACGUUUUGCUCAGGCCCGCCAGAGGCCUCGACGGCGUUCUUAUAGUCACCAAAGAAAACGUUUACGCCAAACUCAAACGAGCGCAUCAGUUUUUAAGCUGUAAGUACGCUUCGAUUUUGAAAGAGUGUUGCGAUCACGUCACUGAUAUAUGGAUUAAUUGUCAGGAAUCGAAGGAUUCGGUCUUUUCGAGGAAAUUCCUUAAAAUAUUAAACGAGGCCGAUCCGUCGGUGAUGCGCAUGAUUGAUGCGUUGUCCUAUUUUUACAAAUUGUCUCCGGAAACCGUGUACAACAAAGACGUUUUCGACUUGCUGAAACGUUUCAGGAGCUUCUACGAUUACAGAACCACACGUAUCGGCCGAACCGUGAUGAGUUGGUCUCCAGAAAUCGAAAAAGAUAUUUCGGAAUUCGCACAAUCCUCGCAAACAUUUUAUGAACAAUUUUGCUACCCGCAGGAUGAGUUUGAUACUUACGUUUCUGACGAUGAAAAUAGCAACACGAUCGACAUCAAAGGAAAAAUGUUCAAAAAUAGAAUUCUCGGUUUAACAAAUUCUUACGCUGUAUUUAGGUAUAAACAAAUUCGUAAUGUAUUUCAGGACUAAUAAGUCCAUGUAUACAGAAUGUCCCACAAAGACCUGACAAAUGAAAAUACCUUUAUUCUAGUGAAUAUUUUUAAGAUUUUUUUUUUUUAAUUUAAUUAAUUCUCAUUUAAGCUAUAACCACGACGGU